AUGAUAUCCUCCGACCUGAUGAAUUUUUCAUCUGACCUGUUCGGGACCUGUUCCCAGAAUAAUACCAAGGAAGGGGAUAUACUUGCAGUCAAGCUGGAGGGUGGUCUGACAGAAAUGGCCGCUCAAGAUAUCUAUAUCCAUUUUCUUCAACAAAUCUCUACCAAGUGGCGAGGCAUCCUCUCCAAAGGGCUCGGCGGCAAGGUCGAUCUCGUCAAGGAAAGCUGCAACGAUUGGAUUGCCAAAAACAGUCGUAUUGAGCAGUUGGUAGAUUGCUUUGAGCGAAGCAAUUUAGGUUGGCGCGAGGAUGCAUUACUAUGCAUUGUCCCAACCUUACAUUACCAAGGGCUUUUACCAGAACUUGCGGCAGAUACCGAAGACAUAACAAAACACUUCUCGAAUUGUCACGACCGAUCAGCCGAGCUUCCAGAACCGUUCAGUAUCCUACGUUGGCUUUGUGCAAGGACAGAUUCAGCUGAAUUCCAGCGAUCCGUAUAUGCCUUUGGACAUCUUUGCCUUUGA